AUGAAUGUUAUCGGUUCACCGGUGAUCGGCCUCAUCGGGGCAAGAGUGGUUGCGUGGAUUAUCUCAAGGCUUCACGAGAAUAAAAAACGGCAGGCGUUCAUACUCGUGUCCGUAUAUGGUAUGUUCAUGCUUUGUGAAGUGCUAUCUGCUUCUCCUGCUGCCCUUGGCUUAGUGUUCUUUGGAAUCAUGCUCAGCUCUUACAAGUAG